AUGUCUGCCUUUGCCUCAUGGUUGAUGAACGGAGGCUCAUCCUCGUCUUCCUCGUCGUUGCAUUCAUCCUCGUCAUCGGAUCAGCAACAUGAAAUGAGUCAUGGAACCCAUGCUUCAACAGCCUCACAUUUGGCGCCUUCUACUACAACAACAACUCAUCCUUCUCCAUCUCACCAUCAACACCAUCAUCAUCAUAUUCAUUUUGAGCACAAGGCAAGACAUUCUGAGGAGGAAGAGGAUCUUGGUUUGAUGCACAAGUUAGAUGAAGAAAUUAAGAGUAGAACUUGUUUUACAAGAACAACCAAUGGCCAUAAGGAAACAGAAUUGUUUGUAAUCAGCACCAAUAUGCAACAACCUCCACUUUGCAACCAGACUCUUGUGGACAACACGGCAAGUUUCGGAGAGGAACCUACUCAACAACAUGACGAUGACAGCAACAACCACUCACAGCUUGCAAAGAAGAGAAAGUACCAAUACUACAGAACUUGUGCCAUGGAUUAUGAUGAAGUCUCUCACUUAUCUGCUGCUUUAUAUGGUGAUGAGGUGUGUUACUUCCCGUCCGAUUAUGGUUCAAGUCUUAGAAAGUUACUAUGUUGUAGAAUUGUACCAAACAAGUCAUCGAGUGACAUCUUUGAAUCAACCUUGAAGGAGGAGAACAAUACUCUAUCCAAUAGAAGCGAUAAGGCUGCUGAUCAUGCUGAUUUCCCACAAUACAAUGGAAUUAAGGCCACUCUUGGUAGAAUUGUUUAUAGUGCUGCAAAUGAUGUUUAUAAUGAGAAUAGUCUCCUAUUUAGGGGCCUUUGUACAGAUCAUGUGAAGGGGAAAGUGUAUUUAUACGGAGGGAGCACCUACUCGUUUGAGAGAACUCCCACUCGCAAAUUUUUUGUUAUGGACAUGAAAACAAGACAUUUGCAGAAUGUGCAUAUCGAAAACAGCGAAGAGUUGCCUCAAGUUGAAGGUCAUUCAAUAGUUUUGAGAAACAGCAAUUUGCUUUACAUUUUUGGAGGUCUCAUUGCUGGUUCAUUUUGUAACAAACUAUUCGAAAUUGAUCUUGGAAAGAAGACUUGUAGGCAAAUCAUUGCACAAAAUCAUGACCAAGUUGUUGCAAGAGCAUACCAUGCUGCUCAAUACCUACCCAAAUUCGAUGUAAUGGUCACAGUUAGUGGAAAGCUGAGACCAGGAGCAAACGCUCCAAUGACCAACCAAAUUCUCAUUUACCACUUCAAAGAGAAUCGAUUCCAAAUCAUCUCCGAUCCAAUCUCUCCAUUGUGUGCCAUACCUGCUGUUCACGUUAUUCACAGCACCAUUGUUAGUGACCAUCAAUUUGCAUUCUAUGGCGGAUGCAAAACCACAAACUAUAACAGAGACGAAGACUAUGACCCCAACCUUUUUGUUCUCACAUUCUCCAAAAAGAAACCAAAACGUUCUAGUGAUUUAAGUUGUAAUCUAACUGCCAUUAACUUGGAAUCUCGUCAAAGCUCCUGUUACACUACCAUUGUUUAUCACAAAAAGUUGAAAUGCUUUGUAUUGUAUGGCUCUAAUGCUUCACAACGAUCACAUUGUCUAACCUUCGUACAAGCUGAUGUUACUUCUUACCACGAUCCUCAAGAUUGCUUUUUCAACUUGAAAUCUCUACUAAGUAGACAUCACCAACACCCAUUGGUCGACAUUACCGUAAACUGUAUUGUUUAA